CUAAGAAUCUAACAACAUAUGUAGAAGUCUCUGUGGGAGAAUCUUUCUACGUAUUCCCCAAAGUGGCAGGCAGGGAUCGCGAUCGUUGGCGGACGGCAAGCAGGAGAAGAGGUGUGUCACGGCGCGUACAGGAGCGAAUGAUUGACUCGCCGACUUUUCAGGAGCGAGAAGAAGAGGGGACGACAGGGAGAGAGAGAGAGAGAGAGAGAGAGAGAGAAAAUUAAGGCGGUGCAGCGAGCGAGACGUAUGGUUAUCACAGACGAUCGUGACACACAAAAGCAGUUUGGCUGAGAUCGCGUGGGGAAAAAAACCUGCAUCGGCCUAGCGAGAACGUGCACCGUGCACGAGAAAUUCGCUCGGUGGUGGUGCUAGUACUGCGAGUGGUGCGUGGUGCCUGGUGGUGGUGCGGUGAUAUCGCGCAUUCCGGAUUCCGGCCGGUUACGCCUGCCAGAGAAAUGCGGUUCUGAAUCGACGAUUUCCGAUCGGCCUGCGGAGAGUGCGGACUCUGCGGGGUGGGUUGGUUGACAGGCGGGGGGAGGGGGAGGACGACGUGCGAGCGUGCGAGGUACGCGAGCCGCCGACCGCCGUGUGGCCGUGUCGUGGUGUCGCCUGUCGCCUCGCCACUCGCCCUCGCCCUCGCCAGUGCGCGUCCGCCGUCCGGUUGUCCCGUGUCCCGUGUCCCGUUUGUACUUGUGUGUUUUCGUCGAGGUCGAGACGGCACUCGGCAGACGGCAUCGCGCGCGCGAGGAGCGCCGGGUGGGAGACGGGCAGAGACGGGAAAGCGGAAAGGAAGGCAGGCAGCCAGGAAGGAAGGAAGUCAAGUGGCGAGAGAGAGAGAGACGAAGGAGGAGAGUGAGAGUGAAUGAGAGAGGCAAGAUGGCGAGCUCCUUAACGUGGUCGUGUUGCCUGCGUUUCAAAUUCAGCCCGGAGGAGAUCGAGCAGCGUUACAAGAGCCAGGAGAUCGACCGGAUGCUGGAGAAGGACCGGCAGACGUUCCGCCGGCAGGUGAAGCUGCUGCUGCUCGGGGCGGGCGAGAGCGGCAAGUCGACAUUCCUCAAGCAGAUGCGGAUUAUUCACGGAAUCAAGUUUGAGCCCGAAUUAAUUAAGGAAUACCAACAUGUGAUCUACCAGAAUAUAAUUAAGGGUAUGAAGGUUCUAGUGGAUGCACGGGAUAAACUAAAUAUCCCUUGGGAGAAUCCUAAGAAUUACGAUAUCGGUUUCCACGUACUCAAGUUCGAAAACACCAUGGUGCUGGACACUAGAUUAUUUCUGCAUUAUGUGCCAGCAUUGCAGAGUUUAUGGAAGGAUGCAUCGAUUAGAAGAGCAUUCGACAGGCGAAGAGAAUUUCAAUUGAGUGAUUCUGUCCAAUACUUUUUGGAUAAUCUUGAAAGGAUUGCAAGAGUGGAAUAUACACCUACGCAUCAGGAUAUUUUACACUGUAGGAAGGCGACAAAAGGAAUUUCCGAAUUUGUAAUACCGAUUAACAAUAUCCCAUUCCUCUUUGUCGAUGUUGGCGGUCAAAGAUCUCAAAGGCAAAAAUGGUACCAAUGCUUCGAUUGCGUGACAUCUAUACUUUUUCUUGUAUCGUCAUCGGAAUUUGACCAGGUCUUGUUGGAAGAUAGGAGGACUAAUAGGUUGGAAGAAUCUAAAAAUAUAUUUGAUACAAUCGUGAACAACAUGAUAUUUUGUGGUGUCUCUAUAAUUUUGUUCUUAAACAAAACGGAUUUACUCGAUAAGAAAGUGAGGUCACGAGAUACAAAUGUCCGUUUGUAUUUUCCACAAUUUACGGGUGAUCCACAUUCCAUGAAGGACGUGCAAAAUUUUAUCCUUGACAUGUUCGUCUCGGUCAAAAGGGAUCCAAGAAAGCCGUUGUUUCAUCACUUCACUACUGCGGUAGACACAGAAAAUAUUAAAGUCGUCUUUAAUGCUGUGAAGGAUACUAUCCUGCACCGAAACUUGGAAUCUCUCAUGCUUCAAUAAUGUAGAAUCGGAGUACGUAACCCGGAUAAAGCAGCUAGUAAAACAAAGGUACGCGUCAGAGAAAUUCAACAUUUAAUAUAUUAUUAAUCCACGCUGUAGUUUUUGAGGAAUAUUGCAAUACACCCUAGGUCAAAACGCAUUUUGAUAAGACAAUAUAUAUGUAUGGAUAUACAAAUUUUGAAUAUUUACCUUCAUAUAUAUAGAUACAUUUAUAGAUACAUUUAUUAAGAAAAAACAACUGCCUGAUGUAAAGAUAUAUUAAAACAAUUUUGACUUUAUAUACAUUGUGUAUGCAUGCAUGUAUGCGUGAGUGAUUAUUUUACAC